AUAAAAAAAAUUAUUUAAAUUUAUCUUAGAUUUUUAUCUUUAAUAAAGGUCAUUAUAUUAAUUAAUACUUAUAAAAUAAAUUUUUGAAAUUAAAAAAUGUUUUCUUUAUACUUUUUUAAUUGAAUGUGUCAAUUAAAAUUUUUGUAAAUAUCUUUAAAUACCAACAAAAGUUAUAUACUCCAUUAAUUACCUAAAACCCAACCAACAAUAAAUUAACUAUGAAACCUUCAAGUUAUCACGGAAGCGACAUAUUUUUACCUCUGUCCGUCACUGUUGGACUUAGUGUAGAUUUAGUAAAUUUUGUUGUUUGUCAAUUAACGGCGUUAUGUAUAGCACCAAUAAUGUAUAUUUACCUCCCACCAAAAAAUCAAUACUAUAUUAUUCUUAGAGAAAUAUUUGGACUCUUGAUUGGAUUGAACAUGGCAUAUAUUUGUUUUGGAUACCAAAUGUUUCAUCUCAUUCUUUUACCUAGUAUUUGUUAUAUUGUUAUUAUAACACAAAAUCCAAAUAUGAUACACAAAGUUGUAUUGCUUGUGUGUUGCCUUUAUCUAUCUUUAUUACAUAUCUAUAGACAAAUUUAUGAGUAUGGUUCAUAUACACUAGAUAUAACAGGUCCAAUAAUGGUUAUGGUGCAAAAAAUAACUGCUCUUGCUAGUGGUUUACAUGAUGGACUAGUAUUUGGAAAAAAAGAACAAACAGAUCUACAAAAACGUUACAUGAUAAGAAAAACACCUUUACCAUUAAAUUAUAUAAGUUAUCUUUUAAGUUUUCAAACUAUUUUGGCUGGACCCAAUGCAUUUUUUGGUGAUUACAUGGAUUUCUUAAAGGGUACUAAUUUCCCAGAGAAAUUACCAAAACAGGCAAAAAGUGCACCAUCACCUCUGUUAAGUGUUUUGAAAAAACUGUUUUAUACUUUUUUGUGUUCACUUGUUAUUUACUUUAUUGUUCCAAUGUAUCCUGCUUCUACGCUAACUAGUGAAACAUUUUUAAUUGAGACUCCCUUGUAUUCGAAAAUUUGGUUUAUUUUUGUUAUAACUACUUUAACAAGAUUUAAGUAUUAUUUUGCUUGGACACUGGCAGAUGCAGUUUGUAAUGCUUCUGGAUUUGGGUUUAGUGGCUAUGAUGAUAAUGGUGAUCAACAGUGGAAUUUAUUAGAUAAUAUAGAUAUUAAGGGAGUUGAAUUUGGUGUCAAUUUUAGAGCUACAAUUGAUGCUUGGAAUAAAGGCACUAAUUUAUGGCUCCGUUAUGUUAUGUAUGAAAGGGCUUCACCAAAGUAUAAUACUGUGUUAACAUAUACAUUAUCUGCAUUUUGGCAUGGUUUUUAUCCCGGGUAUUAUGUAACUUUCUUAACUGGAGCACUAUUCACAAAUAGUGCUAGAAUGGCUCGAAGAUGUUUUUGGCAUAGAUUCCAAAAAUCCAUACCAAUUAAGCUGGCUUAUGAUGCUGUCACAAUACUUAUAACUAGGCUUUCAUUAGCCUAUAUGACUUUUCCUUUUAUUUUGUUAGAGCUAAUGCCUGCUUUGCGUGUUUACUGGUAUCUUAAAUUCUAUUUACAUAUUAUGGCCCUUUUUGCAGUUUAUGCACUACCAUUUAUGGUUCCUCCACUUAAAACAAUCCGAAAAAAAGAACAGUAAUAACUGGAUUUAUAUAACAAGUUUCAACAAACAUUGAAUAAACCAAUGACUUUUUUUUAUAUGAUUAUAUGAAUUUUUUUUUAUAUACAAUAUGAUUUAAUUAGUCAAUUAGUUAAAUAUUGUUUAAAAUAUAAGUCUUGUUUGAAUAGAAAAAGUAAAAUAUAUUGUUACAAUCUAUAAAUUUGUUAUAAAUCUUAUAGUUUUAUACAUUAUGUAUGGCUAUAAAAAAUAUUUUUAAUUGAAUAGCUUAAAACAAUGUCCAUAAAUUAUUUUGUUCUAGCUAAUUUUAUACAAUUGAAAUAUGUUUUAAUGUCUAUUCUUUAAUAAUUUUUUUUAUUUAUUUUAUAUUUUUAUUGAUAAUACUUAAUAUUUAAUUGCAUAGAAAUACCAAAUUGAAAGGCGUAGUGCUACUACUAGAUAAAUCUAUAUUUUUCAAAAUAUAACUUAUUUUACAAAAUAAUUUUUUUCUUCACUUGUUAAUUAAUUUAUACAAAAUUU